AUGGUGCCAGGGGCUGGCUGUGCCUUUGUGAAGUUCUCCUCCCACACCGAGGCCCAGGCGGCCAUCCACGCGCUGCACGGCAGCCAAACCAUGCCGGGUGCCUCCUCCAGCCUGGUGGUCAAGUUUGCCGACACGGACAAGGAGCGGACGCUCCGGCGCAUGCAACAGAUGGUGGGCCAGCUGGGCAUCCUGACGCCGUCCCUCACCCUGCCCUUCAGCCCCUACAGUGCCUACGCCCAGGCUCUCAUGCAGCAGCAGACAACGGUCCUGUCCACGUCGGGCAGCUACCUGAGCCCUGGCGUGGCCUUCUCACCCUGCCACAUCCAGCAGAUCGGCGCCGUCAGCCUUAACGGGCUGCCUGCCACACCCAUCGCCCCUGCCUCUGGACUACACUCGCCCCCGCUGCUUGGUUCCACUGCCGUGCCCGGGCUCGUGGCUCCCAUCACCAAUGGCUUCGCUGGCGUCGUGCCUUCCCUGGGGGGGCACCCUGCCCUAGAGACCGUGUAUGCCAAUGGCCUUGUGCCCUACCCAGCUCAGAGCCCGACCGUGGCCGAGACCCUCCAUCCUGCCUUCUCCGGCGUCCAGCAGUACACAGCCAUGUACCCCACCGCGGCCAUCACGCCCAUCGCGCACAGCGUCCCCCAGCCGCCGCCCCUCCUGCAGCAGCAGCAGCGAGAAGGUCCCGAAGGCUGUAACCUGUUUAUCUACCACCUCCCCCAGGAGUUUGGAGACACGGAGCUGACGCAGAUGUUCCUGCCCUUCGGCAAUAUCAUCUCCUCCAAGGUGUUUAUGGAUCGGGCCACCAACCAGAGCAAAUGUUUUGGCUUCGUGAGCUUUGACAACCCGGCCAGCGCGCAGACCGCCAUCCAGGCCAUGAACGGCUUUCAGAUCGGCAUGAAGAGACUCAAAGUGCAGCUGAAGCGGCCCAAAGACCCGGGACACCCCUACUGACCGCGCCCACAGCCGCCCGGAGGCUGCGGGCCUGGCCCAGAUCAUGGGACCAAACUUUUCCGACUUCCUUCCAUCCAAGAGAAGGUGACCCUGGCCCGGUCACUCAGCAGGGACAUAAGAAGGGCUGAGGAUGACCGGGCAGCCCAGUGUGUCCCCACCUCCCGCUGUCAUGUCAGACCAGGGCACGGAGAAGCACUGGGAAUCAUCAGCCAACGCGAUAUACCUCCAGGACAUUGGGCCCCUGCCACCGACGUUCUCGCAGGCCCUUGGGCUCGGCCAGCUCGAGUGUCCCUGGUCUUAGCUGCAGCUUCUGGAACCCCUACCCCCUCCCUCACCCCAGGGCCCUGCCUUCCCCGAUGUAGGCAAAGAAGAGACCCCCCCCUGGCCUCCCACCCCCACCCCCGUCAUAGCCUUACUCAUGUGACCAAUAGCCCUUAGCUUUCCGUCAGGGGCAGACAGGGUCGGGGGAGCCCCCCUGCCCCUCGCGCCCCCUCCCAAGGGCAGGCAGCCGCCCUCCCUGCCUUCGGAUCACCAGCCUGGAGUUCACGAUCUCAUGACCAAGACCGCCACGCGCGUUGGACAAACCCAACCCGCUCUGGCCCAGCACCCCUUUACCAGAGAUACCUCUACAAAUAAUUUUUUUUUUUUUGAAUUUUGGUCUUUCUGAGAAGAUACAAAGAAGAAAAGAGAAAAAAAAAAUGGGGAAAAAAAAUCAGACAACAGUGGAUUUUUGUUUCCUAGUUGGGGCGGGGAGGGAGGUCUUGUGGGGCGCCUCUGUAUAGCUACUCGAACCGCGAAAACCCAUCUUGAAGCACAGAGUCAAGUUCGUUGGACGUCCAGUGGGGCCUCUUGCCAAAUGAGGCACCAGAGAACUUCGUAAGCUCAAGAAAAAAAAAAAAAUUUGUAAAGAAAAAACAGCCUUCCCUUUUGUUUCUACCAAAAUGUGUUGACUGACCCAGAAAAAAAAAAAAAAAGAAAAAAAAAAAAACAACAAAGAAAAAAAAAAAAAAAAAAAAAAAAGGAAAAGAAAAAAAAAAUCUUAUGACCAACUUGUUUCGAUAUUCCAGAGUUUGAUAAUUGUUCCGAGACACUCUAGCGUGCCUGUGUCCUGUGCAUCUGCGUGUGCAAGCGUGUGCUCAGGGGCCACGAGGGGGCCUCGUCCGCGUCCCCGGCACCUGCCCAGCCCCGGCCAGGCCUGCUUGGGAGAGCCUGCUGGCGUGCAGUGGCGUUGUGUCCUUCUGGUCCAUGUUUACUGGCUGUAAAUACCAUUUUUAUACUCCACAUCGAAGACCUACGUGAUUUGUACGAUGUACUUUAUUUCUGCUACGAGUAAUUUCAUGAAGUUUCAACUUGCAAACCGACUUUUGGAGACAAAUCGCCACACACACACACACACACACACACACAGAAAAGGAAGACAAGAAAGGAACUUACAGGGAACUUUGGGUGGACUGGGUUUGCAUUUCUGGCUGGAGAGGUCCUUGGCACUGUGCUGUGUUUCAGGUGAGAAGCUGCAACCAUCAUCUUAAUGUCCAAACGCCUCUCUUUGGUCUGGAGAAACUGAAAGUUUAUUUAAUAAAAGUUUUACUUGCUAAA